AGCAAGGCACAACGGCGAUGGCGGCCUUGCGUGCUCUGUGCUUGUUGAGGCGGUGCGGGAAGGAGAGCAACGCGCUGAAAUCCGGGGUCUGUUCCCAGAUUCAAGGCUAUACCAUAAGACGAAAUGCAUCUCCAUAUUGCUAUAGGAUGACUCAUCCUUGCAUCUUUAACUCAUCUAGUUCAGAAGCUUUUUCUCACAGUGAUUUCUGUUGUGCUCCACUUCAAACAUUUACUGAAGAAGAGAUAAUGAUUAAAGAAAUGGUAAAAAAGUUUGCUCAAGAACAAAUUGCACCGUUGGUACAAAAAAUGGAUGCAGAUGCAAAAUUAGAUGAUUCUGUUCUACAAAGUCUUUUUGAACAAGGGUUGAUGAGCAUUGACCUUGGCUCAGAAUAUGGAGGAACUGGAUCUUCUUUUUUUUCCACCAUUCUGGUAGUCGAAGAGCUGGCUAAGGUUGAUCCAUCAGUAGCUCUUGUAUGUGAACUCCAGAAUACAUUAACCAAUAAAUUGUUUACAACAUAUGGCACCGAAGAACAAAAGAGAAAUUACUUGCCCAGACUGGCCAAAAACUUGAUGGGCAGCUUCUGCCUUUCAGAGGCUGAAUCUGGCAGUGAUGCAUUUUCCUUGAAGACUCGAGCUGAAAAGAAAGGCGACUAUUAUAUCAUCAAUGGAUCAAAGAUGUGGAUUAGCUUUGCUGAACAUGCAGGAGUCUUUUUGGUGAUGGCAAAUGCAAAUCCUUCUGCUGGAUAUAAAGGAAUAACAUGUUUCAUUGUUGACCGAGAUACAGAGGGCCUACAUGUAGGAAAGAAAGAAGAUAAACUGGGAAUCCGAGCAACCUCUACAUGUCCUGUAACAUUUGAAAAUGUGAAGGUGCCCGAGACCAAGAUAUUGGGCCAGGUUGGACAAGGGUAUAAAUACGCCAUUGGUAUGCUCAAUACGGGCAGAAUAGGGAUAGCUGCACAGAUGUUAGGAUUGGCACAGGGAUGCUUUGAUCACACAAUUCCAUAUACAAAGGAGAGGACCCAAUUUGGAAAAAGCAUAUUUGAUUUUCAGGGAAUGCAACAUCAGAUUGCUCAGGUGGCUGUACAGCUAGAAGCUGCAAGAUUGCUUACCUACAAUGCAGCCCGACUCGCAGAAACUGGAAAGCCAUUUAUCAAAGAGGCAAGCAUGGCCAAAUAUUAUGCAGCAGAGGUUGCAACUGUAACAACAAGUAAAUGUAUUGAAUGGAUGGGAGGAGUCGGCUUCACAAAAGAUUACCCUAUUGAAAAGUAUUACAGGGACUGCAAAAUUGGAACCAUAUACGAAGGAACUUCAAUUAUUCAGUUGAACACCAUUGCAAAAUGCAUUGCUCAAGAAUACUGAAAUUCAAAAGAUGCAUUGAUUGUUACAGAUUAUAUUACAGAAAAAUAGAAGCAGUUCAUCUCACUGGUGGAAUCCUUGAUUAUGCCUUUAUUGCCAAAUUCUAGUCAAAAAGCCAAACAAUGGUUAUAUUUUUUCUAAACAACCCCCUGCACAAGAUCAGUGUACAAGUUACUAGACUGCUAUGUAUCAUAGAAAGUUUAACUUUUACAACUAUAAUGGCACAGGUCCUGCCUGUUUUCAAAUAUUAGUUGGAUUUUCUGUCUCUCCAUGCUGACAUCUGUCAACUUGCAAAUACCAUGUGAUUCUGAAUUGUUGAAACAUUUCCUGCAGGAAACAUCUGUUCAAAUUACCAUAUUUUUUUUAAUCCUUGGCAUCUACUUUAAUUUGGAAUGUUUAUAAAUGUACAAAAUUUGUUUUUAAAAGGUUGUAAAUCAUAGUAAAGUAUAUAUCCCAAAAUUUCUGAAAUGUUAUUCACAUAACAGUAGUGGUCUCAACACUUUAGUUAAAAGGAAUUAAUAUGGCAGUAAAUAAUAACACUCAUUUUCAUGUUAGUGGGACAAUAUGAAUGUAAGUGAUCAGUCAUCCAAAUGUUUAAAAAUGAUGACUAAGUAGAAAGAAUGGCUAAAAUGGAAUUGAUUGUUUUUGCUUAAUUUCUAACCUCUUUUCUUGGAGAAUGAGGUAGAUUUUUUUUAAAAAAAAUCCAAUAAGUUGGAAAGCAUAGUACUCUGCUUUUGUUACAGUGCUUUUCAAAAGGGACAAUAUCAACAAAUACCUGCACAUGUCCAUUCUCUGCUGUGGUACCCACCUCAUGAAAUGCCCUGCCUGAUGAGGUUAAAAAAGUUCCCACUCUCCAGGUUUUACCCCAAGUGCAAAACUGAAUUAUUCAGAAAGGCACAGAUGAUAGGACUGUAAUGCAUGUAAUAAAAUGUUCCAGAGAUAUGCUUUGGUAAAAGGGUUUGUAACUGUGGGCUGUACUACUGUGUAUAGUUCAUAUUGUCUGAUGCUGCGAGUAAAUAAGACUAUGAAAAUUUUGGUUUGUUUAACAUAUCAUGGUAAUGUAUAUACUGUGUUUCAGUUCUGUUCAGAUUCCUGCUUGAUUCCAGACUUCUGGGAUCCAAAUCCUAUUGCACUGUUUGUUGGAUGUCCCAUCCUCUUGAUUGUAUUGACCUGCACUGUGUUAUCUGUCUUGAGUCUCAAUGACAAUAGGGGACUACAGAUAAGAUAAAUAUUGUAAUGUUGGGGAUAUUCUCCUAAAGCCACAGAAAAAUACUAUUCAGUUUUUGUUUUCUGCACCCUGUAUUAAAUAUAGGCAAUUCCUGUACCCAGAAAGUGGCCAAUAACUUGCUUUUGAAAGUUGCAUUAAUUCUUUUAUAUAAGCUACUGCAGAAUGCUUUGAAACACAUUGACUUCCAUGGCAGCACUCCUGGGUAAAUGAUUAUAAAGCUGGGCAGCUUUCUCUAUGUACUAUUUAUACCAGGAUAUUUGUUUUCAGAGACUUACAAUUUUACAUAUGCUGCAUCAAUAUUAUACAUAUUUAGGAUACUGCAUACUAUCUCUAGGCCAAACUGAUGUGAGCAGAAAUCUUGUGUUUAAAUUCCAUAUCUGAAACUGAAAUUUACAUGUGUUGUCUUCAUUCUAUGCAUGAAUCAUACAUGGUGGAAUCUGAACACAGGCCAUUAUAUUAGUGCCGACUCCCAAGUAAAGACGUCUUGGUUGAAUACUCAUGUUUGUUUUGAAUAAUAAAUUGUCAUACGAAUAAAAACAGA